GUUCAACAAAAAGUCGCCGCCAUCAUGGCGUCGGACGAACAAUUUUCACUAUGUUGGAACAAUUUCCAUGCAAAUAUGUCAGCAGGCUUUCAUGGCCUGCUGUCGCGUGGAGAUCUAGUAGAUGUAACAUUGGCUGCCGAAGGCAGAUUAUUACAGGCACACAAAUUAGUUUUAUCAGUAUGUUCUCCCUAUUUCCAAGAAAUGUUCAAAAUGAAUCCAACUCAACAUCCGAUAGUAUUUUUAAAAGAUGUUAGUCAUUCAGCGUUAAGAGACUUAUUACAGUUUAUGUACCAAGGUGAAGUUAAUGUUAAGCAAGAAGAGUUAGCAUCGUUUAUUAGUACCGCGGAACAACUUCAAGUGAAAGGUUUAACCGGUAAUCAAAAUGAAGAAAGUUCCACGCCAUCCAAACCAAAGCCGACGUCGAGGCCAGGCCCGAGGUCGUCACAACAAAGGCAAUCUGUUAUGACUAAGUUAGAGACUGAUUUAGAUUCUAAGCCCUCCUCAACUCCAGUAGCCGUUAAGAGACCAAAUAGGCCAUCAAUAGCAUCGAAUAAUUCGUCAUCUUCACAAAGUGGACCUGCGAAACGAAAAUGCGUAGACCCCUUGGAAGCGGGACCUUCUGGGUCCGCAAAAGAGGAAUUCGUUACGAUACCCGACGAAGAUGAAAACAAUGCUGUGGCACCCAAAAUGGAACCCGAAUUUGUUAACGAAAGUAUGUGGGAUGACGAUGAUGAUGGCACGAACAAUGAUGAAACGAAUUUCGGUGAAGACGACUCUAACAUGGAAAUGACUGGUUUUGAUGGCUCUGCGACUGGCGAUGGUAAUUUAACUGGAGGCGGCGAAGGUGGAGCAGUAGGCGACGCACAAGACAAGAUGGUGCGUCUGUCCGUGGGGCCGGGCGGGCGGCCGCGGCUGUGGGUGCGCGGGCGCAGCUUUUACGCGGCGCACACCAUGCGAUCCGGAGUCGUGCGCUGGCGUUGCACAAUGGGCGGCUGUGGCUGUAAAGCUUACACACAAAAAGGAACAUUACACAAGCUGGUUGGAGAGCAUAACCACGCCAAUCGGUGCGGGAAGAGGCUGUUCAAACAACUACCUCACUCGGCGUCGUCGUCCUCACCGCCGACGCCGCUGCUCU